AUGAAUGGAACAGAAGGCAUCAAUUUCUAUGUACCAUUAUCCAAUAGAACAGGGGUGGUGCGGAGCCCCUUUGAAUAUCCCCAGUAUUACCUAGCUGAGCCCUGGAAGUAUAAACUCAUAUGCUGCUACAUCUUUUUCCUCAUCUUCACCGGGCUGCCCAUCAACAUCCUCACCCUACUUGUGACCUUCAAACAUAAGAAAUUACGGCAGCCACUCAACUAUAUUUUGGUUAAUCUUGCAGUAGCGGAUCUCUUUAUGGCCUGCUUUGGCUUCACCGUCACCUUCUACACAGCCUGGAAUGGCUACUUCAUAUUUGGUCCUGUUGGCUGUGCCAUUGAGGGCUUCUUUGCAACAUUGGGAGGUCAAGUUGCCCUCUGGUCCCUGGUUGUCCUUGCCAUCGAGCGGUAUAUAGUGGUCUGUAAACCUAUGGGCAACUUCCGCUUCUCUUCCACCCAUGCCAUGUUAGGCAUUGCUUUCACGUGGAUUAUGUCUAUAUCCUGUGCAGCUCCACCUCUCUUUGGGUGGUCCAGGUAUAUACCAGAAGGGAUGCAAUGUUCCUGUGGUCCAGACUAUUAUACUCUCAACCCUGACUACCACAAUGAGUCCUAUGUUCUCUACAUGUUUCUCAUCCACUUUAUUAUCCCUGUAGUGGUCAUCUUCUUCUCCUAUGGGCGGCUCAUUUGCAAAGUUCGAGAGGCAGCUGCACAGCAGCAGGAGUCAGCCAGUACUCAGAAGGCAGAAAAAGAAGUUACUCGCAUGGUAAUCUUGAUGGUCCUGGGAUUUCUCCUUGCCUGGACUCCUUACGCUGUUGUGGCAUUCUGGAUCUUCACCAACAAAGGGGCUGAUUUUUCUGCUACACUCAUGUCAGUGCCUGCUUUCUUCUCAAAGAGUUCGUCCCUCUAUAAUCCCAUUAUCUACGUCCUCAUGAACAAGCAGUUCCGUAAUUGCAUGAUCACCACUAUCUGCUGUGGCAAGAACCCCUUUGGUGAUGAUGAUGUCUCGUCAACGGUGUCCCAAAGCAAGACAGAGGUAUCCUCUGUCUCUUCCAGCCAAGUGUCACCUGCAUAG